AUGGAGGGACACAAUCAACCCUCAUCGUCCCAUCAUGGGUCGAUCGAUAUCAAAUAUGAAACGGAGAGUGCUGCCACCGUCCUUGGCGAUGAGACUCCCCAAAAGAGCAGCCCCUCUCACAGUCAGCACAACGACUGGAGCUUGCUGAGGCAGGUUCAAGAGCAACAUGAGCGAGACCUGGCCUCCGGAUUCAAACCUCAGGAACUUGGUGUCACCUGGCAAGACCUGAGCGUCGAUGUCAUCAGCGCCGAGGCCGCUGUCAACGAAAACGUCUUGUCACAGUUCAACAUUCCCCAGCAUAUCAAAGAGUCACGCAACAAGGCUCCACUGCGCACCAUUCUGAACAAGAGCCAUGGCUGCGUCAAGCCUGGUGAGAUGCUCCUGGUUCUAGGCCGUCCUGGCUCCGGUUGCAGCACGCUUCUGAAGAUGCUUUCCAACCGCCGUGGAGGAUACAAGUCUGUCGAAGGUGACGUCCGUUUCGGCUCGAUGACCCCCGAUGAGGCCAACAACUAUCGAGGCCAAAUCGUCAUGAAUACCGAGGAGGAACUGUUCUUCCCCACCCUGACUGUCGGACAAACCAUGGACUUUGCGACUCGCCUCAAGGUUCCCUUCAGCCUUCCCAACGGCACCGACUCUCCCGAAGCCUACCAGACCGAAACCAAGAAGUUUUUGAUGGAAUCAAUGGGAAUCUCUCACACUGAAGACACUAAGGUCGGCAACGAGUAUGUUCGUGGUGUCUCUGGUGGUGAGCGCAAACGUGUCUCGAUCAUCGAAUGUCUCGCUACCCGUGGAUCCGUAUUUUGCUGGGAUAACAGUACCCGUGGUCUAGAUGCAAGCACUGCGCUGGAGUGGACAAAGGCCAUCCGUGCCAUGACUGAUACCCUGGGUCUGUCUACCAUCGUCACUCUGUACCAGGCCGGCAACGGUAUCUAUGAUCUCUUCGACAAGGUGCUGGUUCUUGACGAGGGUGAGCAGGUCUACUACGGUCCUCGUGCUCAGGCCCGGCCCUUCAUGGAGGAGGUUGGCUUCGUCUGUCGUGAGGGUUCCAACGUCGCCGAUUUCCUUACCGGUGUCACCGUCCCUACCGAACGCCGCAUUCGUGACGGAUACGAAAACCGCUUCCCCCGAAACAAGGAUACUCUUCGCCAAGAAUACGAAAAGUCUCCCAUUCACACCGAUAUGAUCUCCGAAUACGACUAUCCCAACUCUGAUGUCGCACGCCAGCGCACCCAGGACUUCAAGGAAGGCGUGGCCUUUGAGACCUCCAAACAACUUCCCAAAAACAGCCCUUUAACUGUGAGCUUUAUUGAACAAGUCAAGGCUUGUAUUAUCCGGCAAUACCAGAUCAUCUGGGGUGACAAGGCGACCUUCAUCAUCAAGCAAGUCGCAACCCUGAUGCAAGCUCUUAUUGCUGGUUCCCUAUUCUACAGUGCCCCAGAUAACUCGGGUGGUCUCUUCGUCAAAUCCGGUGCUCUUUUCUUCUCCCUCUUGUACAACAGUCUGCUUGCCAUGUCCGAAGUGACCGACUCCUUUGAGGGUCGCCCCGUUCUAGUUAAGCACAAGAGCUUCGCCAUGUUCCACCCCGCCGCUUUCUGCAUUGCUCAAAUCACUGCCGACAUUCCUGUGCUGCUGUUCCAGGUCAGCAUGUUCGCGCUGGUUGUGUACUUUAUGGUUGGCUUGACAAUGACUGCUGGAGCUUUCUUCACCUACUGGAUUUUGGUGUUCGCCACUACUAUGUGUAUGACCGCCCUGUUCCGUGCCAUUGGUGCUCUCUUCUCCACAUUCGACGGUGCUUCCAAGGUCUCCGGUUUCCUCAUUUCCGCCCUGAUCAUGUAUACUGGCUACAUGAUUCAGAAGCCCCAGAUGCACCCCUGGUUCGGCUGGAUCUUCUGGAUUGAUCCCUUGGCCUACGGCUUCGAGGCCCUCCUGUCCAACGAGUUCCACAACAAGAUUAUUCCUUGCGUCGGCACCAACCUCAUCCCCCAGGGUCCUGGCUACACCGACAGUGCACACCAGUCUUGUGCUGGCGUUGGUGGUGCCAUCCAAGGUAACACCUUUGUUACUGGUGAACAAUACCUCAGCUCGCUCUCCUACAGCCAUGCCCACCUCUGGCGCAACUUUGGUAUCAACUGGGCAUGGUGGGUGCUGUUUGUGGUUGUUACGAUCAUUGCUACCUCAAGAUGGAAGUCUCCCUCUGAGAGCGGAAGCUGCUUGGUGAUCCCGCGCGAGCGACUGGGCCAGCAUAAUCAGAACGCACCUCUCGACGAGGAGUCGCAGGUUCAGGAGAAGUCCAAGAAGCCGUCUGCGGGUGAUGCUCGUGAUGAGAACAACAUUGAUAGCCAGCUGGUCCGCAACACCUCCGUGUUCACUUGGAAGAACCUGAGCUACACUGUCAAGACUCCCACCGGUGAUCGCUUGCUGCUGGAUAAUAUCUGCGGUUGGGUGAAGCCGGGUAUGCUGGGUGCUCUGAUGGGUUCGUCUGGUGCGGGUAAGACCACCCUACUCGACGUUCUGGCUCAGCGCAAGACCGAGGGUACCAUCAAGGGUUCUAUCAUGGUUGACGGCCGUCCUUUGCCUGUUUCUUUCCAGCGCUCUGCCGGUUACUGUGAGCAGCUUGACGUCCUGGAACCUUUUGCUACUGUCCGCGAGUCUCUUGAGUUCUCCGCGCUUCUGCGUCAAGCCCGGGAUGUGCCGCGCGAGGAGAAGCUGAAGUAUGUCGACACAAUUAUUGAUCUUCUCGAGCUGCAUGACCUCGCCGAUACUUUGAUCGGUCGCAUCGGUGCUGGAUUGAGUGUGGAGCAGCGGAAGCGUGUCACUAUUGGUGUCGAGCUCGUUUCUAAGCCUAGUAUCCUAAUCUUCCUCGACGAGCCUACCUCUGGUCUUGACGGACAGUCUGCCUACAACACGGUCCGUUUCUUGAGGAAGCUGGCCGACGUCGGUCAGGCUGUGCUCGUUACCAUUCACCAGCCCUCUGCUCAACUCUUCGCCGAAUUCGAUACACUUCUUUUGCUCGCUAAGGGCGGCAAGACAGUGUACUUUGGUGAUAUCGGUGAUAACGGAAACACGGUCAAGAACUAUUUCGGCCGUUAUGGCGCCCCUUGCCCGACCAAUACUAACCCGGCCGAGCAUAUGAUUGACGUCGUCUCCGGUCAUCUCAGCCAGGGCCGGGAUUGGAACCAAGUCUGGCUUGAAUCACCCGAGCACCAGAAAACUACCAAAGAGCUUGACCAGAUUAUCGAUACCGCCGCCGCUAGUCCACCCGGAACUCUCGAUGAUGGACAGGAAUUCGCAACCUCGAUCUGGGAACAGACAAAGUUGGUGAGCACCCGGAUGAGCACCGCUCUCUUCCGCAACACGGACUACGUCAACAACAAGUUUGCUCUGCACAUCGGUUCUGCCAUUUUCAAUGGAUUCUCCUUCUGGAUGAUUGGCGACAGCGUCAGCGACUUGCAAAUGCGCCUUUUCACUAUCUUCAACUUCAUCUUCGUCGCUCCCGGUGUCAUCAACCAGUUGCAACCCCUCUUCCUGGAACGUCGUGCAAUCUAUGAGCAGCGUGAGAAGAAGUCCAAGAUGUACUCGUGGUGGGCCUUCGUUACUGCCCUGGUCCUCUCUGAGAUCCCCUACCUCUGCAUCUGCGGUGUCCUCUACUUCGUGUGCUGGUACUGGACGAUCGGCGGCGACACGGCUUCCAGCAAGUCUGGCGCAACCUUCUUCAUGAUGCUCCUGUACGAGUUCGUGUACACGGGUAUCGGCCAAUUCGUCGCCGCGUACGCGCCCAAUGCCACCUUUGCCGCCCUGGUGAACCCCCUCAUCAUCGGAACCCUGGUCUCCUUCUGUGGUGUCCUGGUGCCGUAUGGGCAGAUCCAGGAAUUCUGGCGCUACUGGAUCUACUGGAUGAACCCGUUCAAUUACUUGAUGGGUGGCCUUCUGGUCUUCAACGUUUGGGAUACCGAUAUUAAGUGCAAGGAGAGCGAGUUUGCUAUCUUCGAUCCACCCAAUGGCACCACUUGCAUCAACUACCUGCAAGACUACAUGGAGACUAUCGGUGCGCGGAUGAACCUAGUCAACCCCGAUGCGACCGAGAGUUGCCGCGUGUGUGAAUACACCCACGGCAGCGAUUAUCUGUACAACCUCAACUUGAAGGCGUACUACUACGGAUGGCGGGAUAUUGGCAUUGUUGCUAUCUUUGCGGUUAGCUCCUAUGCUUUGGUGUAUUUGCUGAUGAAGCUGCGGACCAAGGCGUCGAAGAAGGCUGAAUAG